AUCUACCUUGCUACUACAGCACCAGUGUUUGUGUGCAAGCAACUCACUUUCUCCCUUCGAGCGGAUUUGUUGAGCGACCCGUCGGAUUGCGCUCUGAUUGGUCGGCCCCUCCUCGUCGAGCGACGCGUCACCCCAGUUUGCGCUACCGUCACGCGAACCCCAGUCCCUCCCCAGUAGAGCAGCAGUGCAUUAGGAUGCUGGAGCGAAGCGGCAGCAGCGGCUCAUCUGUACCACAAGUCUGAGUGGGAUGGAGACACUGUGUGAGAUGUAAAUGGAGCAGCAGCAGUGUCACCAGGAGAAACUGGACAUCCAUGAAGUACUUUUCAUUAAAACGCAAGCAGCAUCCCUUCUCUCUAAAGUAAUCCAUUACUGACAAUUAAUGUCAGACUGCAAGCCGGAGCAGCUUAAUGCUGCCUCACUGCGUGAAACACCUCUAAUGGAAAGAAAGCCUUAUAAGAUCCAGCUCAUCAAAAUACACCUAAAUGCAGCAUAAUGCCUUCAAAAGUGUCAUGUUUAUACCUGUUGACAGUGGUCUGCUGGGCAAGUGCUCUGUGGUACUUGAGUAUAUCUCGCCCAACGGCCACGUAUGUCAGCCAAAUGUCUAUGCCUUUACGGAAGACUGUGAAACCUCCAAAAAACAUCACCUUCACCAACAUCCGCACCCGCCCCCUUAACCCACAUGCCUUCGAGUUCGUCAUCAACGAGCCCAAGAAGUGCGAGAGCGUCACACCCUUCCUGGUCAUCCUCAUCAGCACCACGCACAAGGAGUUCGACGCGAGGCAGGCCAUCCGAGAGACCUGGGGGGACGAGAGCACCUACAGCGACAUCCGCAUCCUCACCGUCUUUCUGCUGGGCAAGAACACGGACGACGUGCUGAACCAGAUGGUGGAGCAGGAGAGUCAGAUCUUCCACGACAUCGUGGUGGAGAACUUUAUAGACUCCUACCACAAUCUCACCCUCAAGACCAUGAUGGGAAUGCGCUGGGUGGCUACCUUCUGCCCCAAAGCGCAGUAUAUCAUGAAGACGGACAGCGACAUCUUCGUGAACAUGGACAAUCUGAUCUACAAGCUCCUGAAGCCUGCCACCAAGCCAAGAAGGAGAUAUUUUACCGGUUACGUGAUCAACGGCGGCCCCAUCAGGGAUAUGCGCAGCAAGUGGUACAUGUCCAGAGACUUGUAUCCUGAAAGUAAAUACCCACCUUUCUGCUCGGGCACCGGCUACGUCUUCUCAGCGGACGUGGCCGACCUAAUCUACAAGACUUCAUUACACACAAGACUGUUGCAUCUGGAGGAUGUGUAUGUGGGACUGUGUUUGCGGAAGCUCGGUAUACACCCCUAUCAGAACAGUGGUUUCAAUCACUGGAAAAUGGCCUACAGUCUCUGCAGAUACAGGCGGGUUAUCACCGUCCACCAGAUCUCCCCCGAGGAGAUGCACCGAAUUUGGAACGACAUGUCCAGCAAGAAACACCUGAGAUGUUAAGGGGACAGCAACAACUUUUAUUAUUUUUAUUUAUUUUAUUUUAUUCCUUUUUCAAAUGUUAUCACACCGGAUAAUGUAUAAACUGCGAGGGCUGCUGCGAGUCUCUAUUACACGACAGAUGUUUUCAUUACCAUCCAUCUACUGUAUGUCUGUUUCUGCUGAUUACACCUCAUGAUUGUUAAUGAAUGAGCGGUGUGCUCUCAUGCAUAGCUAAAACGCAGCGUUGUUACUGAGAGUAACUCUGUUGAUGUAUUCCAGGUCCAGUUCAUGUACUCUUCAUAGGUAUUAAGUCAUUCAGCAUUAGGUAUUAAGUAGUACCAGCGAACCUUUGCUCUGCUGACGUGUCCUCGAGCAAGACACUGAAUGGCUGCAGACCCCGCAGAUCUUCCUGCAGGAGUGAAAGCCAAAAGAAAAGAAUGUGUAGGAGUCAGUGCAGCAUUAAAUUACUAUUAUAAGUAGUAUUUAUCAUUUAAAAAUGAAAGAAGAGUUCCUGAACAAUUUUCGAAUGCAAAUGGAAUUCGAAUCAAAAAAGCAAACCGGAUUCGUCUUUGAUAUACAACUACAUACACGCUCGUGCUGCUCUUCUGUCAGUCAAAGCUUUCUAUCUAAUCAAUCUCCAAACCAACUUGAAAAGAUAAUUUGGUGUCAUACCAAAUAUUUUAUUUUUCAAUUUUGCACAGUAGAUUGUAGCCACAUAGCUAAAUUCACCAGAUGUUCUUUUAUUAUGAACUUGCCUUUUAUCUGCAUAUUGUGUUCUCUGAAAACACUGUGUGUACACUUUUGGUUUUCCCCACCAUGUGACAUUUUCACACUUGAGUUAAUUACGUGUCUCUGCUACCAGCCUCUCAUUACUGCAGCGGCUGCUCUCGUACAUAUGUACAUCAGCAGCUAUUUCAGCUCAUCAACUCCACACAUCAAGAGAAGUACAGUAUCAUGUGGUGCGAGCGUCGGUUUAAUUGUAGCUAACCCCGUUACAGACUGGAUGUAUUGUCAUGCGUAUUUUGGCAUAUCAGUGACUGCGACAGCACUGCUACUGACAUCAUGAAAUAUGUUUUUUGUUUCUCAGAAAUGUGGCUUUCGUGGCCAAAUUUUCUUUUCUUUUAUUUUUAGACGUUUUGUAGUAUUAUAAGCUAAUGUGACAUUUACUGUGAAAGCAUCUAUCCCACCAGGGGUUGUUGUUAUAUAUUGUAUGUUUUUUAUAUUAAAAAACAGAUACUUGAAUAAUUAAAAUUAUAUUACUG